CAGCACUCACACUGUGAGCAGGUAGAGGAGGAGAGGAGGUACCGAGAGCCACUCUCAAGUGUCUCUACUUGUUGAUUCGCCCCAGGAGAGGUGGACAGGACGGACUGGACGUGCUGAUGGUCCGUGCAAAACUCUUAUAAUUUUUCAACAUGUCGCUGCGUAGCUCAUGAUGCCUUCAUCAGCACCAGGCGGAGCGCCGGAGAAGUGGACGGACAGAAGAAGUUUUAACGCGUUUACUCUUGAAAUGUUGCUGAUGUCCGUCCAUGAGCUGAAUCGGGACAUAAGGAAGACACUCACAAGAAGAAACGAGGAGGGACCCUGAUGCGGUCAUCUACAGGACUAUGUCUUCUUAAACUACCGGGCUGCAUCUUCCAGUCUUUUCAAGUGACCGAGUGACUUGAGUGAAGAUGAUCAAAGCGGGGACUCGGGUGGCGACCUCGCUCCCACCGGCUACGAUGGACAUCAUCCGAAGCAAGACCCAGACCCGCCGAGUGAGACUCAACGUCGGUGGUCUUCUCCACGAAGUCCUGUGGAGGACGCUGGACCGGCUUCCUCGCACAAGACUGGGCAAGCUGAGGGACUGCAACACCCACGACUCAAUCAUGGAGAUAUGCGACGACUACAGCUUGGAUAACAACGAGUUCUUUUUCGACAGACACCCAGGCGCCUUCACCUCCAUCCUGAACUUCUACCGCACCGGAAAAUUGCACAUGAUGGAGGAGAUGUGCGCCCUCUCGUUCAGUCAAGAGCUGGACUUCUGGGGAAUCGACGAGAUCUACCUGGAGUCCUGCUGCCAGGCCAGGUAUCACCAGAAAAAGGAGCAGAUGAACGAAGAGCUGAAGAGAGAGGCCGAGAACAUGAGGGACAGGGAAGGAGAGGAGUUUACAACCACAUGUUGUUCCGAGAAGAGGAGGAAACUCUGGGACCUCUUGGAGAAGCCAAGCUCAUCAUUUGCUGCUAAGAUCCUGGCGAUUAUCUCCAUCCUCUUCAUUGUGCUGUCCACCAUUGCCUUGUCUCUGAACACCCUUCCGGAGCUGCAGGACACAGAUGAGUUUGGCCAUGCCUCGGAUAACCCACAACUGGCCCAUGUGGAAGCUGUGUGUAUUGCCUGGUUUACCAUGGAGUACUUGCUUCGCUUCCUCUCCUCCCCCAGCAAGUGGAAGUUUUUUAAGGGUCCUCUGAAUAUUAUCGACCUGCUGGCCAUCCUGCCCUACUACGUCACCAUCUUCCUGACAGAAUCCAACAAGAGUGUGCUGCAAUUUCAGAACGUCCGUCGAGUGGUUCAGAUUUUCCGGAUCAUGAGGAUCUUGCGUAUUUUGAAGCUGGCUCGUCACUCCACAGGUCUUCAGUCUCUGGGCUUCACUCUGAGGAGGAGCUAUAAUGAGUUGGGCCUGCUGAUCCUUUUCCUGGCCAUGGGCAUCAUGAUAUUCUCCAGCCUGGUCUUCUUUGCAGAAAAGGAUGAAGAGGACACUAAGUUCAAAAGCAUCCCAGCUUCCUUCUGGUGGGCUACCAUUACUAUGACAACAGUAGGCUAUGGAGAUAUCUACCCAAAAACUCUACUGGGGAAGAUAGUUGGAGGUUUGUGUUGCAUUGCUGGAGUACUGGUGAUAGCCCUGCCUAUCCCCAUCAUUGUGAAUAACUUCUCUGAGUUCUACAAAGAGCAAAAGAGGCAGGAGAAAGCCAUCAAGAGAAGAGAGGCUCUGGAGAGGGCUAAGAGAAAUGGUAGCAUCGUCUCUAUGAACCAGAAAGAUGCAUUUGGCCGUAGUAUGGAGCUCAUGGAUGUAAUGGUGGAAAAUAUUGAUGGGAAAAAGGAGAAGGUGCAUGAUAAUCAUGUGUCUCCUUGUCCGCCAAAAGGGAUACCCAAACUCAAGUCACAGAUGAGCUCCAGCAGCCCUACCAAGACCCUUGAACCGAGCUACCAAGAGCACGCCAUGCCGUCUAGCAGCCCUCAGCAUCUCAGCGCACAGAAACUAGAGGAGAUGUACAACAAGAUGGCUAAGACCCAGUCACAGCCUGACCUCAACAGCAAGGAGAAAGGGCCACUGUCGAAAGCAGUUAAAGCUGAAUUUGAGAUGGAAAGCAUCCCGACUAAAGCCAUCUCGAGCACAGCAGAGGCCAUUACAGACAUGAGGAGCAUGUCCAGCAUUGACAGCUUCAUCAGCUGUGCCACUGACUUUCCUGAGAGCUCUCGCUUUUCCCAAAGCCCCAUCAGUAGCAUACCAGGGAGGGUCAGCACCAAUCCCAGUCUGGAGCCCACUUUGGAGAAUGAGCAUGAAGGAUCCCAGGGCACCACUACACCCCUGAUAGGAGAAAGCACCAAGCAUGGCCCGUAUUCUGGCAGUCCCAAGAGUGUGCACUUCAAAAACCCACUCAAAUGCUCACUCAAGGUCAGCUUCAGAGGUGGGGAGGAUUCGGGGACCGGGGUCCUCUCUGACAGCUCAUCAGUCCAGAGUCCUGAGGUGUCUGUCUACACAACUGCCAGCAGCAGGACACCUACCAAGAGCCCGGAGAAUUUACCGCCUAGCAUCUUCACAUUCCACGAUUCAUCGAUCAAUAAAUUCAUUGAUGCUGACACCGAUGAGGAGGAGCACCUGCAUGAUGGUUCAGGCACCAAACCAACCCAGAGACUCCUGGAAAAAGCCAACCACACGGAGGACGUGCAGAGGAGGCGGGGGAACAGCACACUGCCACUAGAAGGGCAGGAAAACCAUGUGGCUCAGGAACUACAGCCACUUCAGGGAGAGCAGAGUCACUCUAACGCUUAAAAGUUGAAUACAUGCAGGAGAGGAGGAAGCAGGAGGGGGAAUAAGAAGCACAGUGAACACAUGAAAACUGAACUUCCCAAAAAUAUGAAACGCACUGAAAACAUUUGAAGAAUAACAAUAUAAAAUGCUUCUCUCAUGAAAAUACAACAAGCGUGGACAACGGGAAAGAUUUUUUGUGUUUUGCUCUCAAAUUUUUUCCUACCAAGGACUCCUAAAUAAAUUAAUUUAACCGAGGACUCUAACAGGUUUUAAAAAUGGCAAGGAAGACCCGUCUGAUAAUUUGUACUAUUUAUACAUUUAUUUUAGCCCAGAAUAUCAUCUAAUAAUUCAGCCUAGUUGUAAGAGUAUAGAAUAUGAUUUUUUAUAAGCAAAAACCUAUUUUUCUGACCCUGGAUACCAACUUAAAGCCACUAUAGCAAAAGCUGUCCAAACCAGUAGCAAACCACAGAGGGCAUUGAAACAUGGCGCUGUAAAACUGGGAAACUUAAUCAGCUGAGAUAGUUCAAAUACUUCUGUUGUAGUGUGAAGGGGGAACAUUUUUAAGUUUAAGUCAUGAUUAUACAGUGUAUAAUUAUGGCAUUACAAAGGCAUCAGUGUGUUGGGAAAUGUAUAGUUUGCUUCCUUUAUCUUCCUUCCUCAAAACUGGCCUUAGUUUAUGUUGUCGCCCAUGUUUUAUGUUUGUGUUUGUACGAGUGAGAAAGAGAGACGUGGACGGACAGACGUAUAAAAUAUAAGAGUGUGCAAUGAUUAUCUUUCAUAUACAGUAUAUUUAUUGUGACGUAAGACUUAUUGGUCUCUUGUCUUAAGUGUGGACUUGAGGAGAAUGUGUUUCAGUCUGUUUCUGUUCAUCAGGAGUUUAGUGUCUUGCUCGUCGAUAUUUUUUACUGCACUGAAAGCGUUUCGACAAAACAGAGAGACACUGUGAGGCUACAUCCAUCGAUUUCCUUCAUGUUCCCAUUGUGCCCGACUGCUGGCAAGAGAGAGCACCUUAACGUGAUAAUUCUUUUUAUUAUGAAUGCAGAAAAGGAAAACUCUUUAUUCUUGUCUGUUUACUCGUUUUGAUUGUUUCUAAAUGUGUGUGUGUGUGUGUGUGUGUGUGUGUGUGUGUGUGUGUCCCUCAGAUUGGUGGAAAAAAUCAAAAAAAGCGUAUUGUGUCAUUUCAAAACUUUCUCAAAGGUGUUCCGGAGGAAUCAUGAUUCCUAUUGUAGCUGAUAAUCUGAACUUCAUGUAGAAUGACAGUGCUUACUGUACGAGCAUCACCACAGCUGGAAAGACAGCACUGAAAAUCACAGAGAUUUUCCGCGUUGAGCCUCCAGCUGUGUAGUGUUUGAGUGUGAAUAUUGUAACUAUAUAACUACAGAAGUAGAAUAUUACAAGAAAACACAUUUAUUGUACAAGAAAAAGAAUCAAAAUAAUUUAUAUUUUUAAGAUAUUUUCUAAAAAGAAUGGACUCGUAGACAAAUAUAUUGUGCUAAUCUCGUAGUUUUGCAUUUCAAUAUACAUUAUGUACUGCAUUAUUUUGACGGAGUUGCAUUUAUUAGAUGAUAUACUGUCGUAGAUACAUUUGUAUUGUUUGCUACUGUCUCCCUGUAAAUGUCUGUCCCUCUAUCCUCGUGUGCAAUGUGAAGAACCAAAGAAUUGUUCUUUCUGAUAACUCAUACAGACGAUAUUUUAUCUCAAAAUGUUCGAAAUGUAAGCAUUCCUUUUCUAAACAGCAGAAUCUGAUAUAUUUCAGGGAGCCGUACUUGCUCAUUCGGUACAAACAUGUCGACGGAGAAGAAAAGCUGCUGACGAUAUUGAAAAGAGAGGAACGAAGGAAAAAAAAGGAGAGACGCGGCACUUUAUUUUACAUCCAUUCUGAAAAGCUAAUUCGAUUAUUUACACACUGUGGAUCUUGCCAAGUGGUUCACUUCCAGAAAUCCCAAACAUUAUGCUCAUAUGAGUUCACAUGACAUCUCUUCCAAACAUAAAGCCACCUCGCAGCAUUGUACAGCUCGCCUCUAAGGCGCACAAACAGCAUGGAGGUACCUUGUGUGUCUGUUGGGGGCUUUAGUUUCGACCAAAUAUCCUGCAUCCUGCUUUUCUGUACGCACCUGACUCCAAACAUAUGGCCGGUCUGAGUUUAGAUCAUCUGGUGCUCUCAUGCUCUUCAUUAAUCACGCAAGCAUGGUUUUAUAACAUUAUAAAGUACACCACAUAUCACGCAAGCAUGCUACAAAGCAUCUAUUUUUAGUAGUAUCUAUUUAAAGUAGUAUUUACUCUGUAUGCCUGUUUACAAUCAUGAGACAUAAUAUGAGUUAGAUAUUUCUGUGCCUUUGCUUUUAAUAAACGCCUGCCCCGCAUACUGAAUCUGUCGCUAUCUAAUGGAGACUGAAUGACAGCUAAACAAAGUGUACAGCAAAUAAACACACAGUGAACUGGGUCACCGAGCUCUCAGACUGCUAUAUUAGAUGUCCGUACUUUCCUGUGCAGUUACACUUAAACGCGCCCAACAUUUACAUGAUAAGGGCCCCGAUCAAAAACAAAACAAACAGGUGCACCACACUCUCAGCAGUAGAGCGAACCACCGCUGUUUCCAUGGCGAUGGUUGAGAUGAACUGGAUGGCUCAUAUUUGAUGCAAGCAAGGAGCCUGAUUUGUAGAAAUGAAGUCUCAAACAUACGCAGUGUUUACGUUCUGUUAAUGCAUUCAUUCAUCCGCUCCUUCAUUCAUCUAUGUUUUUCCCUCCUCGCCUGCAGCUUCAAUCUGCUGAGGUUUGAAUUUAUUGAGGAAGCAACAAACAGAAAACUGGAUUUUCCUCCUUUAUUUCACUCUCUGUCUGUCACAAAAACAUCACAUGUAUCUCAGCAAGACAGAGCAUGACUACAGCAAACCAAGGUGUUGUUGCAAUGAUGUGUAUAUUCAUUCUCAUCCACCUUAUCCCGCAGAGGGGGUGAGUGUGAAAUGUGAAUGGAAUAGGAACAAGCAGUGUGUGACAGAGAGAGAGCUGUCAUCCUGAUUACAACUGACAUCCCUAAUGACGAGUGUAGCACUCUGCUUCUUCACACGUCCAACUCUUUAACACAAACAUCAUUUAAAACAUUGUCUGUGAGCUCUUUUUUAGAAAGUAAAGCAUGCCCCGAGACAGGAGAAAUACCAUCAUAUUACAUCAUUUACAAACUAAGUUACACGGCCAGAUCAUGCACACUGGCACUGGUGUGAUUUUCCAUUACAAGCUCAGGCCUUGUGGGUGAAUCUUUUGUGCAGAAUGACAAUGCAAAAAAAAAAAUGGCACUUGGGUUGAGGAUGUGUUCAUUUCUGUGAUUCUAAAAAUAUCAUCCUGGGCAUGCAAAGGGAGGGCCUGGGCCAACAGGAAAGGCUCAGUUACACCAAUGUCUUUGGUCAGACGGUGUCAUGAGAGUUCUGGGGAACAAACUUUUGAAACAGGAAUCUGACAAAAAAUGGAAACUAUACAAAUAGUCACUGGUGUGUGGGAUCUGUUACAGCCCUUAACGCUGCAUGGUAAUAGGAUAAAAAUGUCAGAAGGACAAAUGGUGAUGUGGCUCUCACUACUCAUGGCAUUAAAAAGAGAAGAGAAGACUGGAUAGAUAAGAAAGGGUCUCACAGAGUGGAGAUUCAUUAACAUUUAUCACAAAACAGUCAAACAUGCAGUAAACACCGACAGAAGAAUCGAGCCUCUCCAAAUAAGCCAUAGUUAAAUGGUAACAACUCUUUCCUCUGUUGGAUGAACGUUAACAAUAUCCUUCUUGCUUUUUUUCCCCCUUGUUUUCUGAACUGCACUUUAUUGAUUUGUCUGUAUUAAAUACUUUGCUCUUUAGUGAACAUGCAAAUAAAAAUGUCAACAUACAUAAGAUACACAUUGGUUCAAAUACAGUUUUCCAAAAGCACAAGUGUUAAUAAUGUCAAUAAGAAUCCUUUCAUCAAGCACAAUAUGCCACACGAGAGGUUUAAGCCAAAUACUGACACAAAAUUGGAUUUUUCAGAAAUGUACCCCUUCUUCAGGGAAAUAAUCACCUCUGUUCAACUCACACAGGUCUGUAACUGCCCUUACUGUGUCUGGGAAUAUGUUUGUUUUGUAAAGUUUCAUACUUUGUACCAGUUGACUUUGUAGAAUAAUAUCUUUGUGGUUUCUUGUUGUUCGACGCAUGUAGCGCUGUUAAACUGUUAAACUUUGACACACAGAACUUGUAAAUAUCAUCUAAGAAGCUAUAGGAAAAUGUCUAUGAUCAGCAAUUUUGAAGCAAUUUUCUCCUUUUACUGACUGAUGCUUAAUAAAAGACAAUA